UAUUCUGUAAACUAAAACUCAGGAGCAGCUUCUGAUAGCUGACAGGUACUUAAAGAAGUCGAAUCUUGUACCCUGUUCAUUUUUACCUUGCUUUGCCAUGGCCUACCAGAAUCCGUACUUUAAUCCGAAACUCCCAUUUAUGGGAUUUAUCCAAGGGGGCUUGUAUGAAGGGAAGUCGAUCACACUGAUUGGACGAGUCAAGCCAGAUGCAGAGAGGUUUCAUGUGAAUUUGCAAUGUGGCAUCCAAGCAUCGGCAGAUAUAGCCCUCCACUUUAACCCACGCUAUACCGGCAACUCAGGCUACGUGGUGUGUAACACACUGCAGAGUUCGUCCUGGGGUACAGAAGAACGAAGCAACCACACUCCACUUCCCAGAGGCUCUAACUUCAUCCUCACCUUCUUGGUCAAUCGGGACUACUAUUCGGUGUCCAUAAAUCAAUCCCAGUUCUGGAAUUAUUUGCACCGCCUUCCUGUCUCCUAUGUGAAUGCCAUCUCUGUGCAAGGGGGUGUGGAGAUUACAUCCAUCACUUUCCAAAACACUUCUGAGCCACUGGGUCAUCAAGGAGGAUUACACCCUGAAUUCAUGGUAGUUCGGCCCAAUGCUGGUCUAGUGCAUGAGCCACUGGGUCGUCAAAGAGCAUCACACAAUAAAAAAUUUGUCAAGACAAUUCUGCCCAGUGCUAGUCUAGUGCAGCCACCUCCUCAGUGCAGAGCUCAACCGGCUUAUGAGCCACUGGGUCGUCAAAGAGCAUCACACAAUAAAAAAUUAGUCAAGAUUAUUAUGCCCAAUGCUAGUCUAGUGCAGCCACAUUCUCUGUGCACUGCUCCACUUCCACUGCUUCAUGUUUUGCCAUAUAAAGCAGUUAUACGGGGUGGAUUUUACCCAGGAAAAGCCAUUAUAAUCCAGGGCUCCAUCAACCCAGAUGCAGACAGCUUCUCCAUUAACCUGCGUCAUAACUCUGAAAUUGCGUUCCACUUUAACCCACGCUUUAAUGAGAACGUAGUGGUGUGUAACAGCCUGAUGAAAGAUAUCUGGGGUCCAGAAGAGAGAGCAGGUGGCAUGCCUUUCUACAGAGGCCAGCAGUUUACGGUGAACAUCACAUGUGACUUUGAGUGCUUCAGAGUCACAGUUGAUGGAGUGCAAAUGUUCACCUACAAUCAUCGUCACCUCCUCUUUCAGCAGAUCGACAUCCUGGAGGUUGAGGGCAACAUCAGCCUCAGACAUGUAACAGUUUAAUAAUCAAGAUUGUGGAAAGAUUUACUGGUUGUUGUGUAGCUAUUUUACAUAGCGUGUACUGGGAGGAAACAUUACUGUUCCAUUUACAUUAUCAACUAAAGUAAAAAUGUAAAUCAUUUGAGAAAUGUGAUUCUAUAAUAAUUAUUUAGGUAUACUGUAUAUAUGACUAUAAUCUGCAGCAGUGUUUGAUGCCAAUGAAACAAUGUUACUGUUUAGUUUUUGUUUCUCCCUUUACAGUAUAUACAUCAAUUUCAUAUAAAACAUAUAAUAAAAUAACUAUG